AUGGAGGAGAGAAUCACUCUUGCAUAUUUGGUCAUUGAACUAUUAGAGAUUUCAACACAAAGUGCUCAAGCAAAGAAGCUAUCAUCUUGCAGAUUCUCUAUAUUCAAGUUAUAUAUUUGGCACUGGUUAGUUGGACGACUUGACUGGGAUCUCACUGUCCAGAAUGUAGAUUAUGGGAAGGUUUUGAGGAAUAUAGCCAUUUGUUUACAGCCCCCUCCAAUAAUAAAAAUACUUCUGGCAAUUAAAGCAACUUUUCUCAAGCAUGUAACUUGUGGUGUAAGAGGAAAACUGGAUCCUCCUUGUAAUGCUGUUGGUUAUAUUGAUAGAAAAGUGCUUGGAAUCAAUCACAUGUAUCACCAUCCAGCUUGGAGGAGAUCAAAGUCAGUAGACCCACCUAACACCAAUAAGGAAGAGCUGAUUUUCCCUAUUUUUUGGUGCCCCCUUAGUCACUCGUCUAGACUGAAGAAUUGGGUUGUGAUGGGUCCUGCACUCCUUGUUUUAGGAAUGAUACUUCAUUUCACAAAUCCAGUUCCUUUGAAUAAGCAGCUGUGUACUCUCAGUUAUGUUUGUGUGAUAUCUGAAGCAACAGCUUUGGUGUUCUAA